AUGUCCAAAACUCCCCUUUUUGAACCCAAGGACGUCCCACGGAUCAAAAACGCCAAGCGCCUCACAGCAACACGCACAAAACAGCUGAUUCGCGCGGCGGCCCGGGACCACGAUGAUCCGCCUCCGAAGCCUGGUUUGGGCGAAUGCUGUGGGAGUUCGUGUGAUCCGUGCGUGAAUGACCUCUGGAAGGAGGAGGUGGCUUGUUGGAGGGAGCGGUGGGGCAUUAGUGAUGAGGAGAUGCGGGGGAUUGAACAGGGGGAGAAGAUUGGUAGGAGGAUGCCGGGGAGUUUUGAGUGGUGA